UCAAGAAAAUUGGAAAAAUGUUUCCAAGAAAACGAAAAGCUGGAAAACGAGACCUGUUUUCUUGAAAACACUGAGAAAUUUCCCAAUUUCUCUUACGUUCUUGUCUUCUUCUCUUCCUUUCCCUCCUGCAUCCGAGGUUUUGAUCUCCGUUUUGGUCCGAUCUGGAUCUCGCUCUUCAUAGAUCUUCGAUAUUGGAGGUACAAUUUGAAGGCAAUCUGGGGGAUUAAGGGGUGGGUUUGGAUUUUUGUGAAAGUAGGGUUUUGAGGAUGAGCUCCAGAAACGGAGGAUUGUUUGAUGGGCUUCCCAUUCCAGCAGAUAAGGCGUACCUGAGAGAAGGGCUCUCGAGAAUAGAUGAAAGUUGGACAGCUGCACGUUUUGAUUCUUUGCCUCAUGUUGUUCAUAUUUUAACAUCAAAGGACAGGGAAGGGGAGGUCCAAUUCUUGAAAGAACAGAGUGAUAUCAUUGAGGAUGUUGUGGAUGAGGUUGUGCAUGCAUAUCAUAGUGGUUUCAAUAAAGCAAUUCAAAACUACUCACAGAUCUUGCGGUUGUUUAGUGAGUCUGCUGAAAGCAUUUCUGUACUAAAGGUUGAUAUGGCAGAAUCAAAGAAACUAUUAGGUUCUCGUAACAAGCAAUUGCGUCAAUUGUGGUAUCGCUCACUGACAUUGCGACACAUAUUGUCGUUCUUGGAUCAAAUUGAGGGUGUAGCAAAGGUUCCUGCUCGCAUUGAGAAAUUGAUUGCGGAAAAGCAGUUAUAUGCUGCAGUUCAGUUGCAUGUCCAAUCAUCAUUGCUGCUUGAAAGGGAGGGCCUUCAAGUGGUGGGUGCACUUCAAGAUGUUCGAUCAGAAUUAACAAAGUUGCGUGGGGUACUGUUUUAUAGAGUUCUGGAUGAUCUACACAAUCACCUAUACAACAAGGGUGAAUAUAGCUCAGCUAGCUUAAGUGUACCAGAUAGUGAUGAGUUACCAACCAUCACAGCCAUUGGGUUGACAGUAAGCAAUCCACAGCCUCUUUCUAGGAGAACCAGAUCAAUCAAAGUUGACAACCAUCUUAAUGGUUCAACAUUCGGGGAUGGGUUUCAUAGGCCCAGUUCUAUUGAUGGAGGCUCUUCAUUUGAUGGCCAUGAUGAGGAGAGUGGUUCAGAAAUCCUUGAUGGCAUCUCUGAUGGUCAUUUCCCAUCAUCAAGAGUCCAUGCUGGUGAAGGGUAUAAAAGGGACAUCAAAAGUAUAUCUUCUCGAACUCCAACUUGGCUUUCAUGCGCCACACCAGAUGAAUUUAUUGAAACAAUGAAAAAGAGUGAUGCUUCUCUCAACAUGAAAUAUUUGCAGACACUGGUGGAGUGCCUUUGCAUGCUUGGGAAAGUUGCUGCUGCAGGUGCUAUAAUAUGUCAACGGUUACGGCCAACCAUUCAUGAUAUCAUUACAUCCAAAAUAAAAGCACAUGCAGCAGCACAAAGUUCAUCAAGGUCAUGUAUAAGCCAAGCCACUGGGGCACCUAAUUCUAAUUUCUUUCCUUCAAAAGGAUUGCUACAAGGCUACCAAGCAAUGAAACCAAAGGGCAUAAGUGGGUCAUCAUGUAUUGUGGCACAAUUAUCUGUUAGUCCAGUUUCUUCUGCAAUGGCACCUAGUGGGAUGACACAGUCUGCAGCUGGUGAACUUCUUAGUUCCAUAUUAGAUUCUGUCAUUCACAUACUGGAGAACCAUGUUGUUGUUGGGGAACUUCUUGAAUCUAAGUCAUCACAACAAGAUGUCAAUAUCACCACCACACCAAAGUCUAUAAAUGGGGAUGUGAGCUUGACUGCAGAUUCUGAGUCCUCUCAGGCUACUGGAGGUUUUAGUGUGGUGUUCUCAUUAACUGUCAUACAGAGUGAAUGCCAGCAGCUUAUAUGUGAGAUUCUACGAGCAACUCCAGAAGCUGCAACUGCAGAUGCAGCAGUACAAACAGCUAGGCUUGCAAAUAAAGGCCCUGUUAAAGAAAAGAGGGAUGGAUCGGAAGGACUUUCUUUUGCUUUUCGCUUUACAGAUGCAACUGCAUCUAUGCCUAACCAAGGAGUUGGGCAAGGAUGGAAGAGAGGUUCAAAUGUUCAGCAAGAAGGAUAUGGAACUUCAGCUGUGCUUCCAGAGCAAGGGAUAUACCUAGCAGCAUCAAUAUAUCGCCCAGUUAUUCAGUUCACUGAUAAAAUUACAGCGAUGCUUCCCAAUAAGUAUUCACAACUGGGAAAUGAAGGGUUGCUAGCAUUUGUACAGAACUUUCUGAAAGAUCACUUUCUGCCAGCGAUGUUUGUAGACUAUCGGAAAUGCGUCCAGCAAUCUAUAUCAAGUCCAGCUGCAUUUAGACCAAGGGUGAAUGCUACUUCAGUUUACAAUCCAUCAGUGGAGAAAGGGCGCCCUGUCUUACAAGGUCUUUUAGCAACUGAUUUCCUGGUCAAAGAGGUGCUUUGCUGGGCUCAGUUAAUCCCAAAGUACACAAGUGAACUAGUCGAAUAGUGUGCAGACUUUCCUGG